AUGUCUUUGGUUCUCCUGUCUCUCUUCAAGUUCUUCUGGAUCUCUUUGCUGUCACUGCUUCUUUCACAUAUCUCUUCAUGGUUAAUGACUGCCCGCCCUCCUGGAAAUGCCGACAACUAUUCUGUAAUGGCAAAAUCGCACACCUCACUGCUACCCCUUAAUGAGACUUAUAAUAAUAAUAAUUCUUUCCACGCGCUGCUCAAAGAUGAUGUCGGUAGUCUCGGGCCCCAAAGCGCUGUGAACAAAUCAAAACCUAUCUCUUCGUCAAAGUUCACUAAGACUGGCGAGAGCGGUGAUUUUAGGCUUCGAAGGAGUGGGAGUGACAAAAAGAUAGGUCCUUUAGCCUAUUGGCAGUCAGAGUUUGCUCAGCUUUCGCUACUGGCUGUUCUACUGACUCCGCCGCUCUUCAUCAAAAUUGAAUGGAUGUCCACCGUACCCGUAUACGGGUACGGCCGUAAAGUGUACGGGCACUUGACAGGCUACUUCUUUAUGAGCACACAAACAAAUUCUUGGUCAAAAAUUGAGCCGCAUUGUGGGUUCCUGAGCUUUUGUGCACAUACCCGUAUUUACGGCCGUAAAACCGUAUUACGCUAUGGGUUGUUCCUCGAAGGCCUGACGGUACGGGUACGGCACCGUAUAUACGGUACCCGUAUCCGCCGUAUGUACGGGGAUAACAUGGCUUUUUACCAAAUUAGGAACGAGAGCGCCCUGUUCGCACAUCAGCGCUGA